AUGUCUCUAAACUCAUCGCACACCCCGAAUUGCAACGGCGUCAUUCUGUUCAGCGGCGAACGAAUUUUGAUGUAUUGCUCAAAUGUGCACUUAAAGUUUAAAAAGACGAAAGAUCCAUGCUUUAAGAAAACCAAAAAAGGGGUUUUGUAUUUAACAACGCAUAGGAUAAUUUUCAAAAAUAAGAAUAUGCUGGAUUUGUUGAUAUCCUUCUCGAUGCCGUUCGUUUCCAUGAAGAAUGUGACACUCGAACAGCCAUUGCUCUUCCCAAUUAAUGUUCAAGGAAUCAUUGAACCAUUGCCCGAUGGCAAUUUCGACACCGCCGUAUACUUCAAAUUAUCGUUCCCGAAUGGCGGAUGCAUUGAAUUUGGGCGCGCGUUGGCCGUCGCUGUCGAAAUGGCGGCGAGGACGAAAAAUUGGGAAUACAGUCCGACUAGCAUCAUAAUUCACCAGAUUUCUAGUGCGCCCGAAACUUGUUUUACUCAAGGAUACUAUCAAGGAUUUCAGGCGCCGGUUGCUCAUUUUCCUGAACAUCCGCCUGCAUUAUCAACGUUUGUCACUCCGUGCCCACCGCCCUACCCGGGAAUAAGCCAGUCGGAUUCUCAUUCGCACACUAGAUCGAUGUCGAGCGAACAAGCCACUCGAUAG